AUGGAGCGCCCCGCGCCCGAGAAGAGCCGCCGCCGCCGCCUGUGGCGCGCCUCCGCCGCCGUCUACUGCGCGCUGGCGCUGCUGUCGUGCGCCCUGCUGGCCUGCCUGGCCGCGCUGGCCGCGCUGCAGUUGGCGCGGCCGCGGCAGUGGCCGCUUCCGCCGCCUCAGAGCGGUGCCCGACUCGUCCUCAACGGUCCCAACAAAUCCAUGAAGGAGGGGAAGCUGGAGUGGUAUGCUGAUAACAGAAUGGACGGAGUGUUCCUUGGGCCAGGAUUUGAAUACAACCCCGCAUCUCACACGCUGAAGAUUAAGAACCGUGGGCUUUACUACAUCUAUGCCCAGCUGAGUGCUUUUCACCUCAUUAAAAGGUUCUCUGAGGAGGAGGGAAACGCCACCCUUACCAUCCACCAUGUGACUGCCCAAGUUUCGGCCCCCAUCCUGACCCUUCCCUUGCGCCUGUCUUCCCACCCAAAUAAAUCAAUCGCUGCUUUCACAGCCGUCUCACCCUAUCAGUUGGCAGGGGGCGAUUUGCUUUAUGUGACGCUAACAGUGAGCCACCCUGCAAAGGAGAAUCAACGCAACUCUACCCAGUGGUAUUUUGGUGACAAUACUGUCUUUGGUCUCUCCCUGAUCUCUGGCAAUUGCAACUCGGAAGCAACUGGAAUCAAUGGCUGCUCUCCUGCUUCACUGGAAGUCGAGUGGAUAUUGAAAGAUUUUUGUAAAUUCUUUCAGAGCAAUGUUUGAGAGGAAGCAAUCGCCAGAUCAUUUCUCCAGGCCCCAAAGCACAGCGAACCUGGUUGGAGGACCAUGUAAAUUACAGUGUUGGUCUGAAACAGGACCAGAACUUCCAUGCUACAGCUGAUAUUUAUUUCCUGUUGAAAACGUUGGGUGUGAAUUUCAUGGUUCUGUGUAGGAGGUGGGCUGAUGUCGCACAAAGGCAUGAGUCACAGCUACGCGUAACUUCACUCAAGCAGAAGAGAAAACUGGACACUUUUUGACUGGCAUGGUUUGGGCCUCUUCCUGUUGUCUCAGAGAGAGGGUGGAUGUUGAAACUCUUCCCUCAGAACGUACCUUCACAAUGAAGACUUGUAUUCAGGGCUGCAGGCCUAAUAAACUCAUCUAUCGAAAUCUGCUGGAUUUCCUUCUAGAAAAUCCAUUUACGAUUGGGAGGCGUGCCUGGAUUUUUUUAAUGCAUGCACAACAUUAUGCG